UUUCUUCAUUUCACACAUUUUUCACUAGUAGGGGCCAUCAUGGCAGCCGCUCUAUUUUUUAGGGUAGAGGUCAAAUUUACAUAUAUUUUAUCCCCAGACCCCAUCUUUGGUUAUACAUCUCCUAUGGUUUGCAGGUGCUGAUUCAAAGUGAUCAAGGGUGAAAAGUUAAAUCUGUUUACUUUGUACAUCGAGUCCUUUUCAUUUUUUACUAUGAGAACCCGAGGUUGAUGGAAAUAGCAACACUACCCCCAAAAAGUCCAAAUAACUUUCCUGAUGUUCUAUUUACGGGUCUUAGCUUGUACUAUGACCGUAUAACGUGAGAUGACACCAGUGUAUGCGUUUGGAAACCUUUCUUUGCAUGCUGAAUGAAGUUAAAAUCUGUUCAUAGUUGUAAUUUUCAGUAUAUGCCUUGAUUUGGAUUUCAUUACUCGUUGCUAUGCUCAUCGGGAGACUUCUUUGGGCAGUUGAAGGACGAAUAGAGUAAAUAUGAAGCAGACAGACAAGAAGAGAUCUCCAAUAAAUAAUCAAACCAAACGUUCUGUAAGGUCACAGAACAGAGAGAAUAAGCUGCAACAAGAAAAAGCAAGCCAACCAUCAAGAACAAAGAACGUAGAUACUAAAGUCUUGCCUGGAAAAGCAGAUUCUGGCAUAAUUAGUGACACAAACAUGGACGCUAUUCAUGGGUCUGAGGAAGCAUCUCAAAAUAUUAAAACCCUUGAUGAUGGAAGCCAUAAAUCGAACACAAAUUUAGAGAAAGAAGCAGAUGAUGGAAGGGAAGAAUCAGACUCAGAAACAGUGAGCGAUUCUGUGUCCUCCAGUGGGGAUUCACGGGCCGCUGAGGAUGAAAAACUGGAAACUGUUCCAAGAGAUUCACGAAAGCAUGCAAAAAAAGAUAAUUCUGAAAAUUCAUCACACUUACAAAGAGUGAAAUCUGAGCGCGAAUUACGUAAUUCACAGACUAAUGCAUCUGCUAGCACUUCCAUGAAAACAACAAAUUCUACCAAAGGGCCUUCCAAUGGCACAGGGAAACAUUCUGCUGAAAGCAACUCAAAGGGUGUGAAAGUUCAUCCAAAACUUUCGUCUGCACCUUCAUCAGUAUCUUCUGAAGGAAUAGAUGACCAAACUUCUGAAGAGCCAAGAGAAGCGGGUUUCCCGAAUGAGGCCUCAAAUGUGGCACGUAGUGUGGGAAGUGACAAUGAAACAAUCGAUAACGAUGGAAAAGAAGCAUUGGAUCAGAAGAUUGGAGAAAUGGAAAUGAGAAUUGAGAAACUUGAGGAGGAGCUAAGAGAAGUUGCUGCUCUUGAGAUUUCGCUCUACUCCGUGGUACCAGAGCAUGGUAGCUCAGCCCAUAAGGUGCACACGCCUGCCCGCCGCCUUUCUAGACUUUAUAUUCAUGCUGCCAAGCACUACUCACAAGGGAAGCGGUCUACCAUUGCUAAGAACACUGCAUCAGGGCUAGUUCUGAUAGCAAAGUCUUGUGGCAAUGAUGUUCCAAGGUUAACUUUCUGGUGGUCAAACACUAUUGUAUUGAGGGAAAUAAUAACCCAAGCAUUUGGCAGUUCAUGUCAAUCAAGUUCACUCACAAGGGUACUCAAUUCAAACGGAUCAAGCAAUAAAAGGGAAGGCACAAUCCCAUCACUACCAUGGAAGACCAGUUCUGGAAGUAAACAAUCUAAUAAACCUGAUUUUAUGGAGUUCAUCGAUGAUUGGCAAGAAACAAGAACCUUCACAUCCACACUUGAGAAAGUCGAGUCUUGGAUCUUUUCACGAAUUGUAGAGUCUAUAUGGUGGCAGACCUUGACUCCUAAAAUGCAAUCUCUAGCGGCCGAGACAAAUACUAAUAAAGGUAUCGGGAAGUUACUAGGACCUGCUUUGGGUAACCAGCAGCAGGUCAACUUUUCCAUUAACCUAUGGAGGAUUGCUUUCCACGACGCUUUCAAGAGACUUUGUCCUGUUCGUGCAGGCGGCCAUGAAUGUGGUUGCCUUCCCGUGUUGGCAAGAAUGGUAAUGGAGCAAUGUGUUGCCAGACUUGAUGUAGCCAUGUUCAAUGCCAUUCUUCGUGAAUCAGCCCAUGAAAUCCCAACCGAUCCUGUCUCAGAUCCUAUCGUUGAAUCCAGAGUUUUGCCUAUUCCGGCUGGGGACCUAAGCUUUGGCUCCGGGGCACAACUAAAAAACGCGGUUGGCAAUUGGUCUAGAUGGCUUUCUGAUUGGUUUGGAAUGGACACUGAGGAUGAGCAUGGUACAGGUGAAGAUGAUGGUGUARGGAAAGAUAGAAAUGGUGAACUCAAAUGUUUUCAUCUCCUAAAUGCAUUAAGUGAUCUUCUAAUGCUACCUAAAGACAUGCUUAUGGACAGAUCAGUUAGAACCGAGGUAUGCCCUUCCAUCAGUCUUCCAUUGCUCAAGCGAAUUCUCUGCAACUUCACUCCAGAUGAAUUCUGUCCAGAUUCAGUUCCUGGUGCUGUAUUGGAGGCAGUAAAUGCUGAGUCCAUCAUAGAGCAUAGAUUAUCAGGAGACGAUUCAAGCAGUUUCCCUUAUGCAGCUGCUCCGGUCAUAUAUAGACCUCCUUCCUCCACCGAUGUUGCAGAGAAGGUGACGGAGGCCGGUGGAAAAUCUCAACUAAGCAGAAACGCAUCCGUCAUUCAAAGAAAAGGAUACACUAGUGACGAGGAGCUAGAAGAACUUGAUUCCCCGCUCAAUUCUAUCAUCGAUAAACUACCUCAAUCUCCAACUGUUACAAGAAACGAAAACGGACAACAUACAAACCAAACCGGUCAUUCUCCGGUAAACGCAAGGUACGAACUCCUUCGUGAGGUGUGGUUAUCUUGAGAGUCUAAAAAGGAACACACACAAAAAAAAAAAAAAAAAAAAAAGCAGAAGCCAUCUAAUGAUGGUAUUUCAGUUACAUGCUUCAAUUCCCAGUGCCAAGUUGGUUAGAGGAUUCUAUUAGAAGUAGUGGCUGAGUAAUAUAAUGUACUACCAAGAGGCUACUCUUAUAGCAAAUUACGUUUUCGCCCUUGAUGUAAUAUUAUGCGAAUGUACAUUUUUUCAAGUUGUAAUGUUGGAAAUUUGC